GCAGGCAGGGCUGGGAGGGACCGGAAUAACAGAGGGACCUUCCUGUGCCAGCCCCCAGGCACCUGGGGCCCCGCUCCUGAGCCGGCUCCCGGCCCGGGCGUGCGCAAGGAUCGGCCCCCUCUGCAGCGCGGCCCCGGGGGAAUCGCCCCGGCCCGGCGCAGGUCUGAAGGUGGCUAUCCCUCCAGGCGGGGUGAGCUGAGGAUGAAGAAGGUGUCAAGGAAGAGCCAGAAUGAGAAGUACCGGCUGAAGUACAGCCGGCUGCGCCGGGCGGCCAAGGCCAUGGUGUUCGAGAAUGCAGCACUGUGCGAUGAGAUUGCCCGGCUGGAGGAGAAAUUCCUGCGGGCGAGAGAGGAGCGUCGAUUCCUCUUCACCAAGCUGCUGCAGCUGCAGGCACUGUCAGCCGAGGAGGAGAGCCCGGCGGUGCCAUUGGGGGGCAUCUCAGCAGGGUACGGCGUGGCACCGACCCCUGGCCCAGAUGAGCCAGCGCCUGCAGGGAAGCGGCCCAAGAAGGGCAAGGAGAAUGGGCGUGCAGCCAAGCGGCGGGCAGCACCAGACAGGGGGGUGCGGCGGCUGGUGCAGCCAGUGCCGCUGGACCCCUCGGGUCGGCCGGUUUUCCCCAUCGCGCUGGGUGGGCUGACGGUCUACAGCCUGGGUGAGAUCGUGGCCGACCGGGCAGGCUUCCACGAUGAGGGAGCCAUCUACCCAGUGGGUUUCUGCAGCACCCGGGUCUACGCCAGCAUGCGGCGCCCCGACCAGCGCUGCCUCUACACCUGCCAGAUCAAAGACGGCGGAGUGGGCCCCCGCUUUGAGAUUGUGCCUGAGGAUGAGCCGGGCAGUGCCCUGGCGGGCACCACAGCUGACACCUGCCACGCCCAGCUGCUGGCGGCCAUCAGUGCUGCCCGGGGGCGGCCCUACCCUGAGCUGGAGGCAGCCGGGGCUGAUUUCUUCGGCUUCUCGCACCCAGCCGUGCACAACCUCAUCCAGAGCUGCCCCGGGGCCCGCAAAUGCGGGGCCUACCGCUGGGUGCGCUUCGAGGUGUGUCGUCCCGGGGAUGGGCAGGUGCCCCAGGGGCUGCCCGACAACUGCGCAGCCACCGACUUCCAGUCCUUCCGCCGCCGCGCCCAGGAGGAGGAGGAACGGGACCGCGGAGGGGGUGGAGCAGGGGGGCGGGCACUGGGGCUGACCCCUGCCCAGGCCUUCACUUCCCCCUGCUCCUAUGAGGAGGUGUUCCUGAGCCGCCCUCUCGAGUCCCCCAGCCAUGGCAGCCCCGAUGGCUCUGAUGACUGAGACCCCUCUGCCCCUCAACCCUGGUGUGUGGCCUCCAUGGAGCCACACACACCCCCACGCCCGGGGCGGCCUGCACAGCUCUUCCCAUGAAGCGCCCCCCUCCCCCUCCAUCCCAGCCUAUACAGAGUUCCCAGCUCAGCAUGGCCCCCACAGCUCCUGCCACUGAGCCCCCUCCCCCUGUGUGGGCAUCACAGGCCCCUGGCCUGAUCCUCACAGCUCCUCCCACUGAGUUCUCCCUCUCCACCACAGCAUGACAACCCCCCCCCCCCCAGCUGUGCUGGCUCUGGGGGUGGUGCUGGCUUUGGGGACCUGUGCAGCUGACUCCACAUGGGGCUUGUCCCCACCCUGUGUGAACACUCUGCUCACUAAUAAAGAUGAUGGUGGAAGCCACA